AAAUCGUGGCAUUUCGUGCUUUUCCUGAGAUUCAAGUUCACUCUAGAAGUACGAUCGAUCGGUGGGAGCGCCUACGUCGUGGACAUGGGCAACGUUCGAAGUUUUGCCUUGCCAGGUCUCUUGUAGUUGAACGUUGACCACUGUCACACUCGGUUUCUAUGAAGCUUUACGCUUCCUCUGUAAAACGAGAAGUGCAAAACCCGUGCCUGUUUACUUUCUUUUCAACUUAAAUAAUGGAUGUGGCCUCCACACCUCCCAUCCGAGACGAAUCGAAGGAUGUAUCCAUCCCUCAGGAAGCCCUCUCCCGAACACCUUCUGCCACAUUGGAGGGGAAUGUUACGUUCAGGUUUAGACCAUUCUCAGGAAUCUAUAACGACAUACGAGCCAGAGCGCCAUACUACCUCAGCGAUUGGAUAGAUGCAUGGAACUAUAGAGUGAUACCUGCCAUUGUAUUAAUCUUCUUUGCAAAUGUCCUUCCUGGUAUUGCCUUCUCCUUAGACCUUAUCGAGACCACACAACAAUAUGGUGUGGCUGAAGUCCUCCUGUCAUCAUUUAUGGCUGCCUUCAUAUUCUCAAUCUUCGGCGCUCAGCCACUUUGCAUCGCCGGCGUCACAGGUCCCAUCACGGUCCUCAACAAGACUAUAUUCGAUAUCAUAGAGGGUCAAUCAGACGCACCUGAUUACCUACAGUUCAUAGGCUGGGUGUACCUUUGGGGAGCGAUUCUUCAUUGGAUUACGGCCGCCUUGAACUGGUGCAAUUUUCUUAGAUACGUUACGCUUUUCUCAUGCGAUACAUUUGGGUUCUAUGUCUCAUGGGUGUACCUUCAAUAUGGCGUCCAAGUCAUCACACGCCAAUUCCCUGGACCCUCAUCCUCCGCAUCUUCUCAGACGCUUGAUGGUGCCUUUGUGGGGAUUAUCUUAGCCUUGCUCAUGCUAGUAACUUCCUACCUUUUCAGGACGGCGUCCCGUUCGUCAUUGUUCCAUCGACAUGUUCGCCGGUUUCUUGCGGACUACGGCAUGCCAAUCUCAUUGAUAGCUUCGUCUGCCAUGGCAUAUUGGGGACGUUUCAAUCAUGCCAAUCCUAACACGUUGCCUGUAGGCCGUGCAUUCCAACCGGCUGGCGGUCGAAGCUGGCUAGUAAAGUUUUGGCAGUUGGAUGGGAAGUGGGUUGGUAUCGCAUUUCCGUUCGGUUUUGCCCUCUGGGUGCUGUUUUUCUUCGACCAUAACGUUUCGUCCCUCAUGGCACAAGGCUCCGAUUUUCCUCUACGAAAACCACCAGGGUUUCAUUAUGACUUCUUCCUCCUCGGGAUCACUACGUUCAUCGCUGGACUUCUGGGUAUUCCUGCUCCCAACGGCCUAAUUCCUCAAGCACCGAUACAUACGACCUCACUGCUUGUGAUGGGGAAGACAUCGAAGAAAGACAUUGAAAGGGCGUUGGCUCUCGCAUCUAACUCUGCUACUGAUCCACAAGGCUCAGGUAGUAUCAAGGUGACCACGUCAGUCGAGGAUAAUCCCGACGGUAUCUCUCGAAUCCACACGCGCCGAUCGCACCUUCAUAUGCCCCAUAUAGCAGAGAAGCUGGAGCCAGAUCCAACUCAGUCCCAUGAUGGUCAAGGGGAUGAACGGAGACAUGAAGUUCCAGUCGCGGUGGUAGAGCAACGAGUGUCAAACUUAGCGCAAGGCUCUCUAUGCCUUGUGUUGCUUACUGGACCGUUCUUACAUGUCCUCAGCCUCAUCCCCAGAGGAGUGUUAGCUGGCCUCUUCUGGUAUAUGGGUGCAGAUGCUCUGGAGGGCAACGGUAUCACUCGCAAGCUAUUGUACUUCCUACGUGACAAAGCGCUUACACCAGCGGAUGAGCCUCUGCGUAAGGUUCGCAGGUCUCGAAUCCUUCUAUUUGUGGCCGUCCAACUUGCUGGCUUCGGGGCUACUAUGGCAGUCACACAGACAAUCGCUGCCAUCGGUUUCCCUAUCAUCAUCCUACUUUUGGUACCACUCAGAACGUUUGUAGUCCCUCGCCUUCCCUUUACUGAGGAGGAACUGAGUAUUCUCGACGGGCCAACGGCAUCUCCUUUUACCAUGGAGUCUGUUGGAGGCAGUAUAUAGACAAACCUCUGAUACAUUGCGUUUCUUACGUACCAUUCACAUCCUGACGAUUCUGAAUAUUUAGGCCGCACUGUUCGAGUGAUAUCGGGGUACUCGUGAUACUGCGCAAGAGAACGGAGGUAUCCUCAUCGCGCUUCUUGGCAUCUUUGAAGUCGGAGAACCCCGUGUUUUGCGAUCGUACGGUGUAUUCCGCCUGCACUGAUCUUACGCCUGCAAGGCGAGGUCCUCCAGCUUCAUUGCUACCGUUGGUAUCUCCUCCACCCACCAACGUGUCGGUAGUGUCGUUACGCUCUUGUACUGCGGCGCUCGAUAAGGUGUUUGGAAUCAUGAUGCUGACU